AUGACCGCUGGGGGAUCUCUCCCGCUCACCUCGCCCUCCUCCCUCCUUGCGCCAGCGGUGCUGUCGGUCUUCACGCGGACGCCGCGCCGGAGUCCCGCCUCGGGCGCCCGGCGGUCCUGCACUGCGGCUUCUCGGCGCCGGCCUCGGCCUUCUCGGUGGAGUGGCGCCAUCAGUUCCGGGGGGCCGGGAAGGUGGUGCUGGCCUUCGACGGAGCCUCGCGGGGUGUCGGUGGCCGAGGAGGGGGCCGAGCUGCUGCUGGAUGCCGAGGGCGGCGGCGCCUCCCUGCGCCUGCGGAGCGUGGCCGUCCGCCACGAGGGCACCUACAUCUGCACCGUCUACCUGCCCCACCUGCACGCCCAGCAGGCGCUCGAGUUCAAGGUGGUGGAGCCCCCCCAGGUGACGCUGCGCCCCACGACGCUCUCGGUGCCCCCCGGCGCCCGGCCCCAGCUGGCCUGCGAGGUCUCCGGCUUCUUCCCUCUGGGUGCCUCGGUCAGCUGGAAGCGGAGGGGGUCCGGCGCCCCCCAGGACGCCUUCCUGGACAUCGGGGACUCGGGGCAUCGCCAGGCUCCCGACGGCACCUUCAGCUUCACCAGCUUCGCCCGCCUGCUGCCCGUCCCGACCGAGGACCACGGGGUCUCCUACGUCUGCCAUGUGGGCCACGCCGGGCUGGGCGAGGCGGGGGUCAAGAAGGCGGUCGUGCUCCAUGUGGCAGGGUCCCUGGGCCCCUCCCUGGAGGACGCCAUCGGCUUGUUCCUGGUCGCCAUUGUGCUCCUGGGGGUCUUGCGGUCCUUCUUCCGAUGGGCUUCUGAAGAAAAACCCAAAUCGGAGAAGCCCAAAUCCGAGUAACGGACUUUGGGCAACCCAGCUCCCGGCUUGGUUUGUUGCCUGUCUCCGGAUCCCGUUGAAAGAGCAAAGUGGAUCAUAGGCCCCCGAACUCCUGGGUCCCUCCUCUUUCGCUGCCCAGUCUUGCCCCACUGGUCCCUUGUUGGAAGCCCCCUUCCCCUUCCUUUUUGGGGUCAGGGGUCUGCUUGGCUUCGCAUCCUGCAGAUUCACAGCUGUGAUUUUAAGGAGGGGGCCAGAUCUGUGCAUAGCAAAAGCCCCCCUUUCUGACAGUCCCUGCCCCUCCUCACUUCCGUGCUGUGAAAUUAUAGAAGUGUAGAAUUGGGAGGGGGCCCUGAGGGUCAUCUAGUCCAGGGGUCUGCAACCUUUAAGACAAAAAGAGCCACUUGGACCCGUUUCC